UCUGUGCACAUCACUAGUGUUUGGUGGCGGUGUUUGGUGUUGGCUGAAAUGGAGAUUUUUACUUAAAGUUAUUUUAAUGCCAAUCGCUUGUUUAUUUCACAAGAAAUACGUGUUUUUGAUUUAGUAAUUAAUUUAAAACACAGGUACCAACUGUGUGUGGAAUUUCCAUAUUUUUCAUUAAUUUAGAUUGUAGUUUUUAGGUUACUUCUAUCUACAUCGGUCAGAAUGGCAGAGUAUUUAGCGGCUAUAUUUGGUACCGAAAAAGACAAAGUAAAUUGUUCUUUUUACUUCAAGAUAGGAGCAUGUCGUCACGGAGACCGUUGCUCUCGAAUUCACAAUAAGCCUACCUUUUCACAAACUGUCUUACUACAAAAUUUGUAUGUGAACCCCCAAAAUUCUGCUAAAUCUGCAGAUGGAAGUCACUUGGUGGUUGCCAAUGUGUCUGAUGAAGAGAUGCAGGAGCAUUACGACAAUUUCUUUGAAGAUGUUUUUGUCGAAUGUGAAGACAAGUAUGGAGAGAUUGAAGAAAUGAAUGUGUGUGACAAUCUCGGAGACCAUUUAGUAGGCAAUGUUUACAUUAAAUUCCGUCGCGAGGAGGACGCCGAGAAGGCGGUCAACGACCUGAACAACCGCUGGUUCGGCGGGCGGCCGGUUUACGCCGAGCUGUCGCCCGUCACGGACUUCCGUGAGGCCUGCUGCCGCCAGUACGAGAUGGGCGAGUGCACUAGGAGUGGGUUCUGCAACUUCAUGCAUCUGAAGCCUAUUUCCAGAGAGUUGAGGAGAUACUUGUACUCCCGCCGCAAGGGCGGGCGCCGUUCGCGCAGCCGCUCGCGCGAGCGCCGCCGCCGCUCGCGGUCACGUGGGCGCCGCGAGCCGCCGCGCAACUCGCGCUCGGGCCGCUACUGACCGCCCAGCGCGCCCCUACCCUGAAUACGGACUUCACGCAUACCUGCCUGAACUGUACGUUAAACAAAAAGUGAGCACUGGAUUAUUUUAAAAUUUAAACAGAUGUGUUCAAAUAUCACAAAAUUGCAGUUGAACAUUAGAUAUUUUUAGGGUGAUUUUUUAUAGUCAGCGUAAAUUCGAUCGGAUGGUGUCUUGAACUGUUUUAAUGCGUCUGACACCCGUCUGAUGAUAGUUGGGCGAUUUGAGUCGCGCGUUCUGCCCGAAUGAAUAUAGAACCAUAAUAACAUUAGAGUCCGAUAAGUAAAUGACUUAGAUGCCUUAUAAUAUCAGUAGUAAUAUAAUAAUAUAAUAACUUCCCGUGAUAUAGUUUGAUGUCAUCUAAUUUCUGAAUGCAAAAUCUUCUCUGUGUAUCAACUUCUAUUCAAACUAUGUCCAAUGUUUUGUUGAAGAUAGAAGACGACUUUUCUGUCUCAACACAUGAAAACUAUAAUAUUUUAUUGGACGGGUUGCUUCAAAAUAUUUACAAUUGCCUCAACUGCAAAACAGACCCAGACGAUUGUACAAUUUAUAGUACAUGCACUGAAAAAUCGGAACCAAUUUUAGUUGUUGGUCAUGUUUCUAGAGUCACAAAGUCAAUAUCUUUUACAGUGCCACAUCUUUUCUUCUUUUCUAUUAUGAACAAAAAUGAAAAUUUGCAAAAUUGUAAAAUACCUACAUAAUUUAACUUUGUUGUGUAAACGAUAAGAUUUAUUCAUCAGUCAAAUUAGGGCUUGAGUCUGCAAUUCAAUAAAUUUGGUUUAAUAACAUUUCAUAUUUUUAAAAUCAAUUUAGCUAAAUACUGUAAUUCCUCUAAAAUUUAUCUAUUAGAACAGAGAUUUGUUGGUGUUUUUUAUAGUUUCAUAGUAUUAUUUGUACUUUCCAAUGCAGUACACCAUCUUGUUGCUAAAAUCGAAAUGUACUAUUGUAUGUUGUAUGCAGAUUUAGGGCAGAGUAUCUUUAUUGAAUGUUUUGAUUGAUGUGAAUGUUCGUAUAUACUGCAAUAACGCAUAUUUAUUAGAAAAUAUACAAUAGUGUUCAUAACACUAUAUUAUUUUCUUAGUUAUGUCUCAUUUAAAAAUAAUGUAAGGUUUUAAUAUACGGUAUGUCGUCUAGAUGAAUUGGUGCGAUAUUGCAGUAUUUGUAAGGGAUGACUAUUAUUUUUAAGAAAAUAAUGUGUACGUUUAAUAAUUAUAAGAAAUUAAUUUCCAA